GGGUGCAGCGUGUGUUAGCACAAGCCAGAAAUUCGGUCGUAAAGAUGCUGUUUCUCUUCACAUUUCUCAAAUGGACUGGGCUUCGAAAAUCACUUCUGUAACACCAGUCAGCAGCCUGUGGAGCUCUAGGAGGGUACCUGCCGGCUGCCCAGCCCCCAGCAUUGUUGCACAUGGCUUUGAAACGCACAGCACAGCUCGUGUGGCCCAGGGGCACCUGCUGCCACCCCGCCUGCCGGCUCUGCCCCAGAUGCCGGCCCUCGCUGGUCUCCGGGACCUCUCCCGGCACGGCUCCACCUCCUCCCUGAGGUCACUGUCCAGGCCUGUUUCAACUAGCCCCUCCAAGCCCUCCUUACCUGCCUCCUGUUUGGGUGAAACUUCGAGCAUCUCUAUUAACUUCGUUGGUAGCUCCGGUCCCCUGCAGUCGCCGGGGGCCCAGAGGGACACACAAAGGGAGACCACCUGCCUGGGUCCCUCCUGGCCGCCUCGCCAUCGGAGGUGGGAUGGGGAGCUGAGCGUCAGCCACAGUGCGCAAGGUGAAGAGUUUUGAUCCCUCGCAGAUCCUCAAGCCAGGCAAGGCGCCCAGCUUCUAUCCCAGGUAGCAGUCUCCUAUCCCAGGUCUCCAACGGCAAUCGCAACCCUGUGCCCAUGGAGGGCUUCCCCUGUCUAAGAGCCACUGGGAGUGGGAUGGGCUAAUUUCUCGGGCCGCUUUCUAUUGGGCACUUCAGACUGUGCUGGGCAAGGGCAGUUGUUUGAGGCAGCUUGGGGUGAAGCUCUUAGGGAGGACGUCCUGUGCAGCUCGGCCAGCCCUGGCCAGGCCUAGGCAGCCACCAACCAUGGUUUCUCCAUCACCCCUAACCCCUCCCACAGCCCCUUCUCGUGUUUGCCCACCGUCUAGGCCAUGCUUCCACUUUCUC